AUGCCUCAGUCACCGGUAAGGAAUGGAUUCCCCGUCCCUGUAACACUCGCGCAUGGCCUGGUUACAAAGGCCAAGCGAACGCCCAGAAUCAGCCAAGAUACCAAGAAGGCGCUUGACAAGAAGACAAGACUAUGUCGUGGUUCUGGUGAAGUGAUACUUCUUGCUCUGGUCUUUUCGUCCCUCAUAAUCAUGUUGGUAUAUCAUCGUUCGUUCCCCAUGUCACUUCGACCUCGACCUCGUCCUACCACAGCUUCUCGGGCCGUCGUCGUCCUCGUUGCCGCUGCUGCCACUGCCAUCUCAGACCGCGAACCCCUCCUGCGCUGGGUAUGA